AUGACCGGGUCUGACAAGUUAUGUGAGGAUCAUUUCCUCUCUAAUGUUUCACGGCUUGAAAAUGGUCAAUUUGAAGUAGCUCUACCCUUUGUAGAUGGCAAAAUUGAGAAACUAGGAUCAUCGUAUUUAGGUGCAAAACAUAGGUUUUUGAAUUUAGAGAGGCGGUUUUCUAAAGAUAGUAUUUUGUUUGCAGCAUAUUCACGGUUUGUGAAUGAAUACAUUGAACUAGGGCACGCUGAGCAGAUAUCACUUACUCAGGAUGAAGUAAUUCAAAAUAAUUUAUAUUUCUUGCCACAUCACCCUGUUGUGAAGGAUAAUAACUUCAAUAAGAUUAGAGUAGUUUUUGAUGCUUCGGCGAAAUCUUCCUCUGGUGUCUCGUUGAAUAAUAUUCUUCACACUGGCCCUAAAUUGCAGCAGGAUUUGUUUUCUAUCUUAGUUCGAUUCAGGUGCCAUCAGUUUGUUUUUGUGCCAGACAUUGUGAAAAUGUAUCGCCAAAUAAAAGUUAAGGAUACUGAUCAGUUAUAUCAGUUGAUCUUAUGGAGGGGGUCACCCCAGGAAACCUUAAAGAUUUUCAAACUCACCACGGUAACAUAUAGCACAGCUAGUGCUCCGUACCUGGCAAUGCGCUGUUUGAAGAUGCUGGCGCAAAAUUAUGCGUCAACAUUUUCACAGGCAGCACAAGUGCUAGAUACGGACUGCUAUGUUGAUGAUAUCAUUACAGGUGCUGAUACUGCUGAUGAGUUGGUUAAGAUACAAAGGGAAGUUGUACAAUUGUUAGAUGAAGGGGGGGUUUGA